AUGUUUAGCAAUGCAGUUGCUGGUCAGAGUGCACUGGACAGGAUGGCAUGUGGCCUUGGAGGAAAACUUGUUUUACCUAUGAUUAAAGAACAUAUUAUGCAAAUGCUUCAGAAUCCUGACUGGCAAUACAGGCAUGCUGGCUUGAUGGCGCUCUCAGCCAUUGGAGAAGGUUGCCACCAACAGAUGGAGGGAAUUUUAAAUGAGAUAGUUAAUUUUGUUUUGCUAUUCCUUCAGGAUCCUCAUCCAAGAGUAAGAUACGCUGCUUGUAAUGCUGUCGGACAAAUGGCCACUGACUUCGCACCUGGUUUCCAAAAGAAAUUUCACGAGAAGGUGAUAGCAGCUCUUCUGCAAACCAUGGAGGAUCAAGGCAACCAGCGUGUUCAAGCCCAUGCAGCUGCAGCACUCAUAAACUUCACUGAAGAUUGUCCCAAGUCGCUGCUUAUUCCAUAUUUGGAUAACCUAGUGAAGCAUCUUCAUUCCACUAUGGUGAUAAAAUUGCAAGAGUUGAUACAGAAAGGCACUAAGCUGGUUUUGGAGCAAGUUGUGACUUCAAUUGCAUCAGUUGCAGAUACAGCAGAGGAGAAGUUUGUUCCCUACUAUGACUUAUUUAUGCCAUCUUUAAAACACAUUGUUGAGAAUGCUGUUCAGAAGGAAUUAAGACUUUUACGAGGAAAGACUAUUGAAUGCAUUAGCCUAAUUGGUCUUGCUGUUGGUAAAGAAAAGUUUAUGCAGGAUGCAUCAGAUGUAAUGCAGCUGUUAUUGAAGACACAGACAGAUUUCAGUGAUCUAGAAGAUGAUGAUCCCCAGAUUUCUUACAUGAUCUCAGCGUGGGCCAGAAUGUGUAAAAUUCUUGGAAAAGAAUUUCAGCAGUACCUUCCUGUUGUCAUGGGACCUUUAAUGAAGACUGCAUCCAUUAAACCUGAAGUAGCUCUUUUAGACACACAAGAUAUGGAGAAUAUGAGUGAUGAUGAUGGCUGGGAAUUUGUAAACCUAGGAGAUCAGCAAAGUUUUGGAAUUAAAACUGCAGGCCUUGAAGAAAAAGCAACAGCAUGCCAGAUGCUCGUUUGCUAUGCAAAAGAGCUAAAAGAAGGAUUUGUGGAGUACACAGAGCAAGUUGUAAAGCUGAUGGUUCCCUUGUUGAAGUUCUAUUUCCAUGAUGGUGUUCGAGUGGCAGCAGCAGAGUCGAUGCCCCUCCUUCUUGAAUGUGCUAGAGUUCGUGGGCCAGAGUACCUCACACAGAUGUGGCACUUCAUGUGUGAUGCGCUCAUCAAAGCCAUUGGGACAGAACCAGAUUCAGAUGUUCUCUCAGAAAUAAUGCAUUCUUUUGCAAAGUGCAUUGAGGUAAUGGGAGAUGGAUGCCUUAACAACGAACACUUUGAAGAACUUGGAGGAAUAUUGAAAGGAAAACUAGAGGAGCACUUUAAAAAUCAAGAACUAAGACAGGUGAAAAGACAAGAUGAAGACUAUGAUGAGCAAGUUGAAGAGUCAUUACAAGAUGAAGAUGACAGUGACAUUUAUAUUUUGACUAAAGUAUCAGACAUUUUGCACUCAAUAUUCAGCAGUUAUAAGGAGAAGGUACUGCCAUGGUUCGAAAGACUACUUCCGCUAAUUGUCAACCUAAUUUGUCCACAUAGGCCAUGGCCAGACAGGCAGUGGGGGCUGUGCAUCUUUGACGACAUUGUAGAGCACUGCAGCCCCUCCUCGUUCAAGUACGCUGAAUACUUCCUGAGGCCAAUGCUACAGUCAAUAUGUGACAACAGCCCAGAGGUUAGGCAAGCAGCUGCCUACGGCAUUGGAGUUAUGGCACAAUUUGGUGGUGACAGCUAUCGUCCUUUUUGCACAGAGGCGCUUCCAUUGCUGGUGAGAGUCAUUCAGUCAGCAGAUGCCAAAACCAAAGAGAAUGUCAAUGCAACAGAGAACUGCAUUUCAGCUGUAGGAAAGAUAAUGAAGUUCAAGCCUGACUGUAUAAAUGUUGAAGAAGUCCUGCCACACUGGUUAUCAUGGCUUCCACUUCAUGAAGAUAAAGAAGAAGCUGUUUAUACUUUCAAUUAUCUGUGUGACUUAAUUGAGAGCAACAACCCAGUUGUCCUCGGUCCCAACAACUCUAACCUUCCCAGAAUAUUUGGUAUAAUUGCGGAUGGUGAAAUUCAUGAAGCUAUUAAACAGGAAGAUCCAUGUACCAAGCGGUUGGCUAAUGUUGUUCGCCAAGUGCAGACGUCGGGAGGACUGUGGACAGAAUGCAUAUCACAGCUCAAUGCAGACCAACAGGCAGCCAUACAGGAGCUCCUGAACUCUGCUUGAAGGGCCUUAAUUAUCAUCUGCAAGAAAACUAACUCCAAAUAAACGUUUACCCUAUUGUUUAGGUUUCUUUUGUUUCUUUUUUGAGUAAAACCAGAACUGUAGUGCAUGUAGGCCAUUCUUCUGCAACCUACAGGCAGUGGCAGCAGGAAGAAGCAUUCUUCCAGAACGGUGUUCAAAUCGGUUUUUAUCCCACAACAUGGAAGAAGUUUCCUGUAAGCCCUACAAUAGCACUGAAGAGUAUUUUUCUAACAGUAUAAGCCAUCCAUAUGAUGGUGAAAGGGAAACGAGUUGUUUUCUCACUAGACAUAAUGAAUUAAACAGCUUUAAGACCUUGUAUUCAGCAGUAGAUGUACGUUAUAACAGAUAAACGUUUCUCUACAUCUGGUGUUAAUUGUAUUAAUUGGAGUGUGAGUCUUUAUAGGGUAGAAAGUGUCCUUCUGCCCAACAAGUUAGUAGAUCAAAAGAUGAAAAACUGAAGACAAACAUCGAGCAUGAAGACCUCAUUGAUUGCACUUUCAGAUUCCCAAAAACAACUUGUACAGUGACUCAAUGAGGAAAGCUGUUCAGCUUCCAGCCCUUGAAUGUGAAGUCUCUUUGGCAUGUCUGACAGUAUCUCAUUCACUCCUCAAUAAAUGACAUUGAAACACAAGAAGCUUGUGUAGAAGUUCA